AUGAAGCCUCUAGCCCGAACCUCCUCCUCAAACGAUUUCACUGUAUUUUGUGACACAGAUGCUGCUUGGCGAUCGGAUCUGAUGGCGGCAGGGAUGGGGUGGAUCCUCACAGACCGACAUGGCCAGGAGAUCUCCAGAGCCACAGCCUCUCAACUCAAUGUAACAUCCGCUUGCAUGGCUGAGGCACUGGCCAUUAGAGAAGCUCUCAUCAACGCAUCGACUCAACACAUCACACAUAUAUGUUUCCGCACAGACUCUCAAGUGCUCGCUCGAGCAAUUACGGCGAGAAGAACAUCGACGGAGCUCUAUGGCAUCCUCUCAGACAUCGACUCCCUGACUUCCUCUCCUUCCUCUCCGUUCACUAAAUGUUCCGUCGUUUUCAUACCUAGAGCUCGUAAUGGGCCGGCGGACCUUUUAGCAAAAUCAUGUCUCGCAAAUUUCAUCAUGGGCCUGAGGCCAUAA